AGAGCAGGGGGAAUUUUUUUUGAAAAGAGAGAUUCUUCGGUGGCUGGGGGCCCUGUUUGAUCCCUUCAAAAAUGUCUGAUCAGGAGAUGGAUGACUAUGACAUGGACAGCCUGUCUGACACAUCGCGGAUGAUCAAGGGACUUCCACCUUACAACAUGGAUGAUCAACUGCUGCCCAUGGAGCGCCGUAGCACCUGCAGCUGCUGGGCCUGGACAUGCCUGGUGGCAGCAAUGAACUCUUUGGCCUUCCUCUUGAACUUCCUCUUGAUGGCCACCAUCUUUGCCAUUGUGCUCCUGCCCACCAUCGUGGUGGUCUACUUUGGGUUCCAGUGCCAUUCCCGGGUGCUCCACUCCACAGCCUCCUACUGCAAGACCAUCCUGGAUGACAACAGCUCCUCCGCCCUUAUCAUCCUCGGCUUCGUCAUCAUGUCUCCGCUGAUCGUGGUGGCUAUGGCCAUCUACUGCGGUCUGGUCAGGCGUUUCCGCCUCUUCCUGUGCUUCCAGCCUUGGGCCCGGGCCGUGUACAAGGGUGUGAAGUGGCGGUGGUACGAAGAUGGGGGGCUGUGCGGCUGCACCAAGGAGUGGAGCAGCCAAGUCAAGGCCUGGGUUUAAGCGUUUCCUGCUCCUUGGUCUGCCUGCCAGCACACCCCUCUCUCCAGUCCUCCAAAUCUCAUUUUUCCCGUAAGGGCGCAAUGAAGAA